AUGCUUCAAAGAACCGCUUCCACUUUCAGAACCCAAUCGCGCAUUUCGCGAAUCAUCGGUGUUAGAUUCAAUUCCUCCUUGAAAGAUGAUGCUCAGAAAGCAGUCAAUGGCAUCAAAGAACAAUAUGACAAGGCUAAAGAUGCAGCAAAUGAAAAAGCUGAGGAAUUAAAGAAAUCAGCCCAAGAAUCAGCAAAGUCCUUAGCUAAACAAUUUUCUCAAGAGAAAACCAUUAAUGCUCAAGUGUUGAACAAGUACAAGAAGCAAUUGGAGCAAAAGGCCAAGGACUUGGGGGUUAGUGAUUUGAACGAACUCAAAGAAAAGUUUAAAGACAAAAUUGAGAAAACCAAGAUUGAACUUGGUGCCGAGGAUCCAUUGAAGCAAGUCUUGGAAUGGGAGAAGCAACAGAAGGAGAAAAGUACCGAUGGCAGUGUCAUCAAUGUUCGUAAGAUAGAUGAAAAGAAAGAAAAGCUUCCAUUUAAAGUACUCAAUGAUUUCAUAGAUGUUGAUAAAGCAAAAGGCUUGCCAGUAGAUGAUAUCAAAAUGAUUUGGAAACAUAGAUUUCUAAAUAAAGAAAGGGCUUUACAUGCAACAUUAGAUAACAGGCAAUUUGCAAAUAUUUAUGCAAAUGCGUACAGGUAUCCAAAUUUUGUCUUGCCAUUACCCAAGCCACACAAUGAUGGGUAUGAGCUCGAAUUUGUUCAAUGGGCAUUUGUCGGCCCAAACACAAUUCAUUGUAUGUUUACCACCUUGGCUGAAUAUAAACUAAAUAAGGAAUUUUCCAGGCCACACACAACUCUCAUAUUCCAUCAAGAAUUUAGUCAAGACAAAGAUCUUGUAUUAAUGAAUGGGGUGAGUGAGAAGGAAGGGGGAUUGUCUAUGGAUGAAGCUCAAUUACUUGCUGUUAAUUUGCAGAGGUUUUACAGCGGAAAAUUCCCUCAAAUGACGAAGUUAUUGAAAGAGUUCAAUGAAGGUAGUCCUGAAUUCAAUGUCGAAGAAUUGAUUAAAGAGGCUACAUCUGUAUAG